AUGGAUCCGUGGCGUGAAUUCAGCACACCGUGCAGCCGCGGCCUACCAGGCCAUCCCCUCGACGACGCCUGCCUCGCCCCACUCCACCGCCAGCCGCCACCCCCAGCACUACCACUCUCCGUCGUCACGCUCCCCUCCCUCGCCUCCCAGCAGAGGACUUCAAAAUCGUUUUCAGACCGGCCGGGAAGGGGGCUUGACCUCCGCACUACCACUAACGAAGCCCUGCUACAAAUCCUCUGCUUUCUUGCCACCAUCGAGCCACCGCCCGCACGGCCGACCGUGUACGGAUCAAUCCGUACAACUCCCUUACUGUCAGCACCCCAUCUGAGCCACGCGCUCGUCUAUACCUUCGGGUAUCGGAACUCUGCCUGGGUCCCACCUCUUACCCCCUGCGUGCCUACACGGCAACACCCGACGACGUCCUCCGCGGCAUCAUAUGCAACGCCAUGGACUCCCAAACCCAGGACGAGAUCGUCCAAGAUCUACAAUUCAAGAAUGUCAACACCCCCUACGCCAUCGCUGCCGCACGCUAGACGGGGCGCUCCAGAUCCAUCGUCAUCACCUACGUCGGCACGACAACCCUCCCCAGUGCCAUCGUCUUCAACUGCGGGAUCUACUGCUGCCACCAGUUCCGCCCGAAAGCCGAGGCCUGCGCUAACUGCUGGGCUCCCGGCCACCGCGCGGACGUCUGCUCCAAGCCCAAGUCUCACCGCUGCAGCCAGGCUCACAAGGCAGUCGAGCCCUCGACCUGCGUCCCCUGCUGCAUCCUUUGCAAGGGCGCCCACGUCACGGGCUCGCGACCGGAACGGCCCGUCGUUACCUCCGGCCACCUCUAAGCCCCAGCCUCCCCCACUAGCGCCACCCACUGGGCCCAUCCACAAGACCUUUCGGCCUUCCCGCCGCCGCUCUGCCUCCCGUAGUGCCUGGUCUGCCUGCCGUCACCGCUGCGUCUCCUUCCCGCCUCUGCCCAGGUCCGAGACGUCCACCGCCCCCACCACCACAUCACCGGUACUCCAGGAGGGUCUGCUGCCAGGAGGUCUGCGGCCAGGUGAAGGCCCGCCAUCUCAGCAGCGGUGGAGCUGGUCGAUAAGGAGAGUCGGCAAGUCGAUGGAUGCCCUGCCGAGCGCGGGGGCCACACAGGCUGCAGUGUCUGAGCCGGUGUCGGGGAGGACGGAGCCGUCCGUGAAGACGAGCAGUCUCCCUACCAGCUCUUCCUCCGCGCGCCAAUUUCAGGCCGUGCUAGCGCGUCUAUCCUCCCCCGCUCCUUCUCCUCCUCCUUGCCCAGCUCCCGCACCUUCACAAACGCCGCCUCAGGUGGCGCCAACUGAGGAGCCAAUGAACAUGGCACCCUCGGCUGCGUCAUUGCGCGCCUCCUCUCCCACCCGCCGCCCCCCGCACGAACGCCGAUCACCCUCCUCCGACGACGUCACGCCCGAGCGUGGCAUCGUUCACAAAACAGCCUGCUUCUUGGAGGCGUUUGAGCAGCGCGUCGCCAGUGUCGACAACCGCGUGGCCACCAUCGAAUCACACCUUACUACCCUAGACACCAGGGUCGCAGUCCUAGAUGCCCGCCAGAGCGCGACUGAGGCCACCCUCGCACACCUCUCGCUCCCCGCCCCCCUCACCCCGGCACCUACCCCAACUCCGUCCGGUGACCCCGCCAUCCAUCAUGGCCAGACACCCCCCGCAACUUAA